CAUUCUCAGGUUUCAACCUCUUCCCGGACCCCUUAUCCCUAUGCUCAAUAAUCAUCACACUUGCAAAGGAACAAAGAAACGUUGUCUCAUCCAUGCCGGAGUCACCAACCAAAUUCUGUCGCGCCUCUUCUCCAAAGGCUUCUGAGCCUCCACGCCCUCCGCCCUUGCCUCCCCCUCCACCUUUCCGGAGACUCCCAACCGAGAACGAGGCAGGCCCUGCCAAAGCCACGGCCGCACUGAAGCAGGAGGCGCCGUUUGAACCCAUGUACUAUUUUUUCUAUGGCACCCUCAUGAAACCCGACAUUCUCAAGGCCGUCCUCGGCCCGGAGACGACACCCCUCUUGCGGACCGCCAAGGUCUAUGGCUUCGAACUGGCCAACUGGGGGCAAUACCGGGCGCUCAUAGACAGCACGCCAGAAGCUGCGGUAACCGGUUGCGCUUACAUGGUGCAGUCCGCCGAGGAGGCGUACAAGCUGGCCUACUACGAGACAAAUGCCUAUGCCCUGACGAUAUGCAAGAUACACUUCAUCCAUGCAGAGGGUCAGAAAGAGGACGAGGCGGUGCAUGGAAAGACGUUCAAGUAUGCCGGAGACGGGCAAGCGCUGAAGGAGGGACGGUUCGAUCGGACGUUGUGGGAGCUGAGGAUGGGGCAUAAGCUGCCGCGCAAGUGGCAUAAAGGGGAGAAGCAGGUAAAGGAGGAGGGGGGUGCAUCAGGCUGAGGCUUGAUCGAAUUCACUUUCAGUCUUAUGAUUUAGAGCGUCGUGUCUGCCAUGUUUACAAUUUUCAGUUGUUCCCAUGCCACCAGGGACAAUCCGGUACGGUGUGUCGCUGUGUUCCGAACAUUUGUAUCACCUGAUAUGCGUACUAGUAGUUCCCUAUCUACCUCCCCUGCUUUCUUAUGUUUUCUGUUCUUUUCUCUCUUACUCGUUCCAUUUUUUUCCAUUUAUUUUUAUAUUUUCUUGUAGAUGAUGCAGGGGUUGAGGUUUUAUACGGGCUAUUGUCCCGCGGGACCAGUUAUCAUAGUUCCAAAAACUCAUCUUUUUUUCUUUCACAUCGGCCGAGCCAACCCGCUAGCUACGGUACGAGUUUGAAUCACACAAAGACAG